GAGCCUGUAGCCGGGCGCCAUCUUUGACGCUGGCAGUCCUGGGUUUCUGCUUGUUCGGCUGCUGUGAGGACGGCGGGCGACCGCAGCUAAGAAAAGAGAAAGACGUGGCAGCACGCGGGAGUCGGAGACAUUGUCAUCGGUUCGGUAAAGUUUCUGUUCUCUGGUGAAGAAAUCUUGAAGACCAGAAAUUGGAUCUUAUUGAAUUUUGGUGGUGUUUUUACUUUUUUCUUUUUUCUUUUUUUCAUCUUUUUAUUUUUAAAUUAUAUUGCUCAGCUAUGGAAGAUGGAUUUUUUUUAAAUUCUUUGAAUUUUAAGUUCAUCUUUAAAUGAACUUUUGUUGUUAUUUUUUUAUUUUUUUGAGGAGAUAACUAAUGCUAGCUGUCUCCAGUCUGACAGAGGUUAUACAAAUGGACUUAAUCUUCCAGGAGUUGGGAGAUGUUUUAAAGAUGUUUUAAAAACACAUCCUGUGUUUCAAUUGUGGCUGAGAGGUUUCCUUGGCAAUGUGAGGAAGAAAAUUCUUUCUACCUCAUUAUUAUUAAUUCAUGGAUUGAGUGUUGGUUCGACCUACAGGCGUAAUAGCUUGGAACUGAGUGAAGACACAGAUGUUCCUGUUGAGAGCAACCAGCUAAUGGUUACAUUUUAAAGACGAUUUCUGUGGCUGAGUGGUCAUUGGAAGAGUAAGUCCUUUUCAAGAGUCCUCGGAGCUGGUCUCACCUCGGAAGCAGUGGCUUGUUCCAGGAAGCCGGUUUUGGCCUGAGAAUUUACCCAGUAUGCCUAAUCAGGGAGAAGACUGCUAUUUUUAUUUCUAUUCUACAUGCGCCAAAGGUGACAGCUGCCCAUUCCGUCACUGUGAAGCUGCACUAGGAAAUGAAACUGUUUGCACACUAUGGCAAGAAGGUCGUUGUUUUCGACAGGUGUGCAGAUUUCGUCACAUGGAAAUUGACAAAAAACGAAGUGAAAUUCCUUGUUAUUGGGAAAAUCAGCCAGUGGGAUGUCAAAAACUAAACUGCGCUUUCCAUCACACCAGAAGCCGCUAUGUUGAUGGACUCUUCCUACCUCCAAGCAAAACUGUGUUACCCACUGUGCCUGAGUCACAAGAAGAAGAAGUAAAGACUAGCCAGCUCACAGUUCAACAGAGCAAAUUGUCUGUUCAGUCUAACCCCUCCCCUCAGCUGCGGAGUGUAAUGAAAGUAGAGAGCUCAGAAAACGUUCCCAGCCCCACACAUCCGCCUGUUGUAAUCAACGCUGCAGAUGAUGAUGAAGAUGACGAUGAUCAGUUUUCUGAGGAGGGUGAUGAAAGCAAGACACCUGCCCUGCAGCCAUCUCCUGACGUCCAUAAUGGAUUACGAGUGGCUUCUGCCCGCAAACCUGGAGUCAGUUUAAAGCAAGGUGAAUGUUUGAAUUUUGGAAUAAAGACUCUUGAGGAAAUUAAAUCAAAGAAAAUGAAGGAAAAAUCCAAGAAGCAAGGUGAAGGCUCCUCGGGAGUUUCCAGUGUUUUACAGCAGCCUCAGCCCAAUCCAGGCCCUGAGAAGGAGAAUGUUCGGACUGUGGUGAGGAUGGUGACUCUAUCCAGCAAACCAGAAGAGCCCUUGGUUAGACUGAGUCUUUCUGAGAGACUGGGGAAACGAAAACUUUCAGUGGGUGGUGAUAGUGACCCUCCAUUAAAGCGAAGCCUUGCACAGAGGCUGGGAAAAAAAGUGGAAUCGCCAGAAACUAACAUUGAUAAAGCACCAAAGAAAGAGCGAGGUCAUAAAGCUGGGGAGAUCCAUGUGAAGACACUGGAAGAAAUUCUUCUUGAAAGAGCCAGUCAGAAACGUGGAGAAUUGCAAACCAAACUGAAGGCAGAAGAACCUUCAGGAGCCGAUGAUUCUCCAUCAGGGACAAAAAGUUCUUCUUCAGUGCGGAUCAAAACCUUCUCUGAGGUCCUGGCUGAAAAGAAACACCGGCAGCAGGAAAUGGAAAGACAGAAAUCCAAAAAGGAUACAAGUUGCCUCACGCUAACAGACGACACUGAAAUGAAAAAGACAGUGAGUCUGCCCACUGUUGCUGUUAGCAAAGGACAACCAGAGGAGCCUGCAGGAAGAGCCAGGUCUAUGCAGGAGGUGCAUAUUAAGACACUAGAGGAAAUUAAGCUGGAGAAGGCCCUGAGGGUGCAGCAAAGCUCUGAGAGUAGUGGCAACUCCCGACCUCAAGCUGAGGCUGCCCCAGGGACAAAGAGGCUGCUCCGCAUCACCAAGAGAGCAGGUGUAAAAGAAGAGAAAAAAUGUGGCCUUGAAGACAGUGGUGACCCUCCUCAGAGCAGUGUGACUAAGAUGGAGGCUAAUGAGACUUCAGAUGAGACCAUAAGUGAUCCCACAAAACUUGCAGUCAACAGAUGUGACACUGUCAAAGAGAAACACACACAGAGACUGCAGGAGAGAGGAGCAUCACAAAAGGAGAAAGCAGCCUUGUCAUCUGUGCGAGGAGAUGAGGCUUCUUCUUAUACCCGAGUGGCGGGGAAGCCGGUGCUCACUGCUGUAUCAGGCGUCACUCGGCAUCUGGCAAAACGGCUCCCCGUGGAGUCAUCCCAGAAAGGGGAGGUAGAAACCUCCGGAAUCGGGGACUCAAUACUGAAUGUGAAAUGCGCAGCACAGACUUUGGAGAAGAGGAGUAAAGUCAAACCCAAAGUAAAUGUGAAGCCAUCUGUGGUCAAGGUUGUCUCAGCUCCCAAAUUGGCUCCCAAACGCAAGGCUGUGGAGAUGCACUCUGCCGUCAUCGCAGCCGUGAAGCCGCUCAGCUCCAGCAGUGUCCUGCAGGAAAGCCCCACCAAGAAAGCAGCUGUGGCUGUUGUCCCACUCCUCUCUGAGGAUAAACCCGUCACCAUGUCUGAGACAGAAAACCCAAAAGACAGUUCUGUGCUGUCUUCAGCCCAAGCUGCUUCGGAACCCUUGCUCCCGGAAGGCUCUGGCCCUUCCUCAUCCCAGACGGCAACAAAACCGCGCCGGCUGAGCUCCGCCUCCACGGGAAAGCCUCCACUCUCUGUGGAAGAUGAUUUUGAGAAACUAAUAUGGGAAAUUUCAGGGGGCAAAUUGGAAGCUGAGAUCGACUUGGAUCCUGGGAAGGAUGAAGAUGACCUUCUGCUUGAGCUCUCAGAGAUGAUUGACAGCUGAAACCCAAGGGGAUAAUGAGGACACUUAAAAAAAAAAAAAAAAAAAAAACCCUCACCAAAAACUGGACUUAGUUUCAUCUAUUUACCUGAGGUGAUAAUUUCUUUUAAGUCUCAAAUUUUGCCCAAAUCAAAAGUAUACCUCUGAAGUACCUGUGUGUCCUGGACUCCCUGGGGUCGGAUCUUUUACAUCCCUUGAUAAAUAACUGUUUUGUCCACUUGCUGCCAUUGUUGAGCAUCUUUGAGAAGAAAGUUCUGUAAUGCCCUUCUCUCCACCUGAGACUGAGCUCCAAAUGAAACGGUGCACGAGAACUCAGUGGUCCUCGAGGUGUUUGUUAGUGUGGGCUAGCUUCCCUGCUCUAUUUAUUUAUGUAUUGUCUUAAUUUUAUCAGAGUUUAAAAAUGAAGACAGCUGCUAACCAUUGUGGACCAAAUGUCAUGCUACCACUAAACAAAAGACCCACUCAGUCUGUGUUAAAUUGUAUGUCUUGUAUUUGGAAAUUCGUCUAAGCUUUAAAGAGGGCCGGGCAGCUCGAGAACCUGAGAUACGGACCUAACUCUGGACCUGGUCCUGUUGUGUUAGCUGUUCCGUGAGCCUCUGAAGAGCAAUAGCUAAUUUAUUAUUACUGUAAUUUUUUAAAGGCUUUAAAGUGCCUCAGGGGUCCCCUGAAACUAAUUUUCUAUUUCUGGGAUUCCCUGGAUUCUUUAUAAGAGAUGGUGACAUGACUAGGGAAAUUCUUUUUUUAGUAUGAAAAUUGUCCCUUCAAUACCUUUCUCUUACUGGCAUUGAAUUAUCACAGAGACAGAAAAUUGGUAAAUUUUUUUAAUUUCUAACUCUCCCAGGAAACUCCUUGCCUAGUAUUUAUUUGAUAUGCUUUAACCAUGGGGGGGUGGACCUCAAGCUGCCAGUAUUGAUCUACAGACUGUAGCAGUACACUGGGCUGUACUGUCAGGGAUGGCAAGAUGCUCUGGGGUGUAUUGGAUACCUCCAGUUUCUUCACUUCUGGAUUGAGUUUUCUUUUCUUAAUGUUGGUCCUCUUCACAUCACCUCAAGGUUUAGACUUGUGAAGGAACAAGUCUGAUGAGGAUAAUAGUCUUGAAAGGAGACACUGUACAGAAUUGGAAGAAGGAAAGAAAAGACUUGUUCAUUGUGAUACUUUCUGUAGGUGGCCAGUUUGUUUCUCAUAGGGAAAUCCUGGACCACCUGUCAUGUUGGCUCCUAAGGAACUGCUGUUGUAAGCGGCUCAUCAAGAGUUGAAGUUCAUGUAGCCUUGUUGGGAAUAUGGAAAAGGAAGAAAGCCACAGGACUGCCAGUUCAGUCUGGGAAGAUCUGGAUGAUUCUGCACAUGCAAAAAUGACUUGAAGUUUCUGUAUAGACGCUUGUACCGAUCCAUCUUCAGCUGACUGAAUGUUGUAUGAUAGCCCUUCUCCAAAGCAGAGGUGGAAGGUUCUGGUUUCACCACACAUUUUAUAAACACAUCUCCUGUUUUGAAUUGGCCUAUAGGUUGUAGGCCUCUUUUGUAUAUAACCUCUAUUAUUUUGCUUUAAAAAAAAAAAAAGGUCUGUUCAUAUUUAAUGCCCUGUAUUAGUCAAUGAUUUGUGUUCAACAUUAUUUGAACCAUUUGCCAUUAACGAAAGAGAAAUACUUAUUUGUGUUUUAAAUAAAACUGAUAUAGGAAAUCCUUA